AAGACUUUCAGAUCAAUCCACCUUUAAUUUAAAACUUCAUUUUUUUCCGCCCAUCUGUUUCAAUAUUCAGCCCCUUACUCUCUCCUCAGUCCAGUGCUCUCUCUCCUCCCUCAGCCCAGCUCCCCCGCCAGCUGCAUCAAAGCACAACACCACCACACGAACCACUGCCAUCCACCAGCGACGACGACAAAACCAUAGUCAGGAUAGAAGAAAAUGAAAGUCAAGCUUUUGCGUAUCCUUUUGACUUUAAGUUUACUCUUUCAAUUAGUUUUCAGUUGUUAUUACAGAACUUUUACUCUUUGAAUAUUUUGCGGUGUUGCAGAGUAUCUUAAAGUUUUGAUGCUACUGUGACUAAUUUACUUAUUAAUUUUGUAAAUCAUUUGGGAGAACUCAUAUACUUUGGGCAUAUUCGGACUCUGUUUAAUUGAUCAUAUAUUAUGUCGACUUUCUUAGGAUAUCUCUGCUUUUGUAAAACAGUUUUUUUUUUACUAAUUUAUAAUGAAAUUGAUAUUUGUAAUCUUUUGUUUCCUCAUUAAUAUCCAAUGAGCAAUUUUUAAUUUAUUAUAUUCGAAAGAAUCCAAAUUUUUAGUUUUUGGGUAAAGUUUAGGCCUCUAAGGCCUUUGCAACUUUUUAGCAGAAUCUUGCAUGAUUGAUAUGUAUAUUGAACUCUUUUCAGAUGAUUUUAUCAUACCACUCCGCCGAAAAUGUCUGUUUUAAGCUGUUCUGAUUCAUAUCAUGGUUAUCUGUUUUGACUUUUGAUUAAAUGAUUGAUUCUGAAUGCAUAUAAUUCUUUAUGCAACCAUUUCAUUUUUAAGCUUCUCCACCUAAUUUGUAAUUUGGAUUGUAUGGUUCUAUGCCUUGAUCUUUCUUUGAAACAACUAGAUAGGUUAUUUCUAGAAGAAUUUUAUUUGGGCGAAGUCAAGGCAAAGUUUCCAUGGCACUGAUUUCUUUGAUAGAUGAUAUAUUACUUGUUUGACAUACCUUUUAGUCUUUUGGGGAAUCAGUUUUCUCUUAACCUAUUGUCUUGUCAACUACUACUGGACCAACUAACAGAAUGGCAUGCUGUUGCUUCAUGGACUUGGGAUGCCCAGGACGAAACAUGUGGGAUAUGCAGGAUGGCAUUUGAUGGUUGUUGUCCUGAUUGUAAACUCCCAGGGGAUGAUUGCCCAUUAAUCUGGGGUGCGUGUAACCAUGCAUUUCACCUUCAUUGCAUCUUGAAGUGGGUGAAUUCGCAGACUCCUCAAGCACAUUGUCCCAUGUGCCGUAGGGAAUGGCAGUUUAAAGGAUGAAAUCAAAUUGAAUGAAUCCAACGACCCCAGGGCAGGCCUGCCCUAAGGUAUUGGAAGACAUACAAGUUCUAGUUUUCAAAUGGAAGUUGGAAGAAAACAGAAAUUUCGGACCCAAGAUCCUUGAGAGAACAUGUAAUUUUUGAACCAGUUUAUUUCUA